AUGCCAUCGUAUUUUCGUAUCUAUGGUGCCAGUCGAAUACGUAUUCGUAUCCAUGUUUAUGUAUUAUUUUUUUUCAUUUGUGUACAAUAUCGUUAUACAUUUACUCUUGGUGAAAUUCAGAAAUCAGUUUUUAUGUUUCGAGAGCCAAAUGUUACAAAUGUUAAAUUGAAUAUGUAUAACAAUAUUCCAUAUGAAGGUUGUCGAUGUAAUGUUGUACCUGUCGAAUCUUGUCUUACUGAUGAAGAACUUAAAUACACUCGUAUCAUUCCAUUGAUAUUAUUUCUAUUACAAAUUUAUCUUCUUAAAGAUAUUCUUUCGUUACAUCAUGAACGAAAAUACUUUCUUUUAAAUUUAUAUUGGAUUGCUUCAAUGUUUGCUUUCUUUUGUUUUUUAAUAAUUAUUUAUCGAAGUAGUUAUUUUUAUGUUACAAUUACUCGAAUACUUGUUUGUACAGGUCUAUACUUAUUCUUGAAUGGUUAUAUAUCACAGGUUAUUCCGUAA